AUGGCCUCAGUAACACAGGUAUCCGGGACCCAUUCCGAAACCGCCCAAACAAUCAUCGACUCGCAACCGCAAAAUCACAUACAUGGGACCUAUUCCCGAGGAGGGGAAGACCUGGUGGAGAUAGAGGCCCGCACCAAAACCAAGCGAGCAAGAGGCCUCUCUAGCUCAGCGAUUCCCUCAGCACCUCCCAUACCACCACCUCCCGGCGGUGGAGGCAGCUUUGGUGGUCGCCUGACCAAAGAUGCCGAAACGAAAGAGGGCGACGAGAACAAGGAGCAGAAUGGGACGGAGGACGAAGUCGAAGCUGAAGUCUGCUUUAUAUGUGCUUCGCUUGUGGUCCACAACUCUGUUGCCCCUUGUAAUCACCGGACUUGCCAUAUCUGCGCCUUGAGAUUGAGGGCUUUGUAUAAGACGAGAGCAUGCGCUCAUUGUCGGACGGAAGCCAAAUUCGUCGUAUUCACUGAUGAUGCCACUAAGCGUUACGAAGACUUUGUUGAGGCGGACUUCCAAGAGACCGAUGAAGUGCUGGGUAUCAAGUACGAGCAGAAAGAAAUCCACAGUGACACAAUACUUUUACUUCGGUACAAUUGCCCUGACGAAAGCUGCGACAUUGCCUGUCGGGGAUGGCCGGAUCUUCACCGUCAUGUCAGGAGUAUCCACCACAAGGUCCUGUGUGAUCUAUGUACAAGGAAUAAAAAGGUCUUUACACACGAGCACGAGCUGUUCACACAACAAGAUCUGAAGAAGCAUGAAAAGUUCGGAGACGACCAUCCCGGGGCCGUAGACCAAAGCGGUUUCAAGGGGCAUCCAGAAUGCGGCUUCUGCAGACAGCGGUUCUAUGGAGACGACGAGCUGUAUACGCAUUGUAGAGAUAAGCAUGAGAGGUGUCACAUCUGUGAUCGUAGGAACCCAGCAAGGCAACAGCAGUACUACGUGAAUUACGAUUCAUUGGAGCAACAUUUCAGGAAAGAUCAUUUUUUGUGUGCAGAUCAAGAGUGCAUGGACAAGAAGUUCGUUGUCUUCGAAUCCGCGAUGGAUCUCAAGGCGCAUCAACUCGAAGCACAUCCCAAUGGUCUGACCAAAGAUGCCAGGAGAGAUGCUAGGAGAGUCGACAUCUCGGCCUUCGACUAUAGGACUCCGCACCAAGACAAUCGAGGAGGCAGGAGAGAUAGAGAGGGUAGAGAGGGGAGAGGCAGAGGAAGGGGCAGAGAUCCCAACACUGAGGCUCUCCCACAGUCAACCGCACAACCUUUGCGUAGAGAUGAGCUCGCUUAUCAGAGGCAAAUGGCAGUCCAAAGUGCUCAGUCAGCCACUGCGAGGACCUUCGACGACCAAAUGACCUCUACCGACGCAUACGCUGCGAGGCCCACAGGCCGAGUUCAAGACAUAGUCACAGCACCUAGGAAUCAUACUACCACAAACAGCUCGUUUCCAGCCAUAGACAAUCUCCGUCUUGACUCCGCCGCUAAUACAAUACCAGCACCUCCCCAAGCCGCACCAGCAGUGACCCCACAAGAACAAGCCCGAAGAUUGCAGCACAGCUCCGUCAUGGACCGCGCUUCGACCAUGCUCAAGUACGACCAACCCAAAAUCUCAGACUUCCGCAGCAGCGUUUCGUCCUAUCGCACAUCCACCAUCACAGCCUCCCAACUCAUCGACUCCUUCUUCUCCCUCUUUGACGUUCCCUCGGCGGAUCUAGGCAAACUCAUCAAAGAACUUGCCGAUAUCUACGAAAAUGAAGCAAAGCGCAAUGGUCUGCUCAAGGCGUGGAAUGACUGGCGCGCCAUCAAUGAGGACUAUCCAUCAUUGCCAGGGCCCAGUGGUGUCUUACCUGGCUCUCCAGCCGCUGCUGCAGGUAGUGGAGGCCACCGAGUGCUCAAGCUGAAGAGCUCCACAGCUCAAUCAUCACGCUCGGCAGUUAGCAAACAAGGUAGCUGGGGCAAUUCCACGGCCGCGAACCCAUUCCCAUCGAUACCUGCAUCCUCGGCCAACAGAGCAGGCGCGGGACGCCAUCCUCGCGACCACUAUCCAGACCCUCAACCUCCGGCCAAACAGAACGGUUCAGCGGCAGAUGCCUUCCCCGCGCUACCAGCCGCUGCAAAGCCCAACACCAUGAUCAUGGGACUAACGCGAGGGACUGUGCGGUGGGACGACGGGAGGGGAAGCAACAAUCGUGCUAACCCGUGGGGGGCUGCGGAUGGUGGAAGUGGGAGUACCACUCCUGCGGCCGAGACAGACGGAGAGCCCGAAGCGGGCAAGAAAAAGGCAAAGGGGAAUAAGAAGCAGACUUUGUACAAAUUUGGUUAA